AUGAUGAAGAUCUCCGCACUUGCCGUCGCUGCUGCAAUUGCUAUCGCCAACGUUUCUGCUGCCGACCAACCUGCUUUGCGUUCGGCGGCUAUGCCAGCAGAAGCGGCACCUGGUGGGAUGACGACUCCUGAUGGAAACAAGAAGGAGCAGUUCUGGGGCGUUGGACCUUGGGGUGGACUUGGCUGGGGCGGACUUGGCUGGGGAGGACUUGGCUGGGGCAGAGGCUGGGGAUGGGGAUGGUAA